UUGGUUGUUUGUCAGUUCUCUCACGAUGCUCAAGCGCUUUAUAGCUGCUGCUGGUUAAAGUAUUAAUCCGUAAGUGCGAAACAACGCUUAGGCACCCCUAAGGCUGACGAAGACAUUCGUUCAACAUAAAUCACUCCACAUCGUGAGAUGCGGAAAUAUUCUUACAUACUCUAGUUACACCGACCUAAUGCACCUCGCCAAAUGGAAAAACAUUCGUCCAUCCGCGUCAAUAUCUAUUGCCAGAUGGUAAUGAUGAAGUGCGGUUGAUCUAAAUCACGUGCACGUCGCGCCAACUGCAUUAGUUGAACUUCCAGUGUUGCCUUCACUCAGACUCUCGCUAUGACACGUAUCGACGGUGGUUUUGUGGACAACAACGAACUUGCUCACCACGGCGAUGAUCCUGGAGCAUACCCAUUCCCGUUUGGACAAUUUGCUGGUAAACGGCUUGAUGCCGUCUCAAAUAACUUGAGGUGGUGGACAACACGAGCCCACCUUGCAAGCAACUCCUGGUAUGCUGCCUACAUAAAGGCCAAUAAACGAUACGAAGAAUUACUUCUCCAAACUCCUGAAGCAUACCCCUUCCCCUUUGGCAAGCAUGAAAACGAUCGACUUGACAAAGUACCAGAAGAUCUCAUUUGGUGGAGUAUUCAUCCUUUACGGUCUAGUAACCUCUGGCACCAAAACCUGGUGGAGGCAAAUCGCCUUUAUUUGGACAAGGUAUACGACGAGAAGUCACCGGGAUCAGUCACAAUAUGGUUUGGAGAGCGGUAUAACGGAUAUAGGCUCGAUGAUGUGUACAAACGUCCUGGUUUCAUCAGAUUUUGUCUGAAACUGGAGCAUAACAAAUGCCCCUGGUAUUACAGGUUCGAAGACCUAGUUCAGAGGUACAAGAUGCAUCUCCAGACCCACCGACGGCCAUACCGCCCUAGAGCACCAGCGCACGUGGAACAUCCCACCGGGCAACUUCUCGGAAAAUGGGAUGAUGAUUGUGGGUCAGUGGAGCCAGACGAUGACUACGAAUGUGAUGACUUUGUAGUCAACGAUGAUGAUGACGAGGAGGGAAUCUACCAAGAGGAUGGUAGUGAUUUUGAACCAGCCAAUAACACCAGCAGUCCCACGGUCAAUGACGACUGUAACGGGCAGGGCAAAGAGGAGCAAGCUGACGAGUCUGAGUCCGCAAACAAUGAUACAGACGGGUUUGUUGCACAGGCAGGACAGCUCUCGCCAUCUCACGCAAGUGCAAAUAUCUCUCAAAGCUCGGUCUCAGACUUUGAUGACGAUACGCCUCUGGAUGAAUUACGCAAGAAGGCUAGGGCAAAAUCUGACAAGAAAAAGCGAGGGUCACGUCCUCGAACAAACGCCGAAGAGGCCAUUGGAGUUCGGACGAGGAAAGUGAUAUCUUUGACCAGCCCCCGUCAAAACGCCUCAGACGCAGGUCCAAACAUGAAGGUCAUCACUUAGUCCCUAGGUCUGCCAAGACCGGUCCCCACUCUGAUGCAGAGUCCAUUGCUACACUUGAUGAACCUGAAACUCCCCGUCGCAAUCAGCUUUCUCAAUCUCUCAGUGCUUUGUCGUUGUCACAGGAAUCCGCUGCAAGCCCACGCAACGAUGAUGAACUCCCACACGCAACUCGCAGGUCAACGCGACUUCAAGGGAAGUCUGUACGCCGCGAGUCCGACAAUGAUGACUCGGACAUACCAGAGUAUGAUAUUCAUACGGCUACACCUUCACGUUUGGGAAGACGUUAUCGUGCGCUUAUUCGGUCAGAUGUUGAGGAUUUAUAAUUCCAGC